AUGGAGAAGAAUAACCAGUCGCUCUCCGGAAACAAAUUCGGACUUCCUACCAGGCUCAUUCUCCCUUUAGAAGGGCAAGCUCUGGAAUAUUUCUGCACAUCUACGAACAAGUGCCUAGACGACAGCGAGCGAGUUUGUGGGGAUGACGAGGGAAAUGCCUGUCAGGCUGGUCAGUGGGGAGGGUUGAUUAUGCUGAAUUGGACCCCUGCAUAUGUUGCGAAAGAAGCAGUACAUCUUCUUUUUCGGCUGCAGCAUUUUAAUUUGAAGCUGAUCGUGGUCUCACGAUUUUCGUACCCCUUUUCUCUAUCUCUUUGGAGCAUUAGUAUCUAUAUUGGAUCAUUUAUCAGACAAACUAAUUCCCCGCCUACGAAAUCAAUCGCGAUGAUGAGCGUCGUUUUCAUUAAUUGCACUACCUCGUGUCUUUCUAUUCAACUGCUCACUAGACGAGAGACUGAUGAUAAAUACCAUAUCCUGCUAGUUUCAGCGUUAACAGCCCAUUACUGGACGUUUAUCUCGAGUAGGGUACAUAUCAUCUCUUCCCCAAACUCCAGAGCUUUGUUUUCGGCUCAGAAGUCUAUAUUAGAACACAGUGUUAGGAAAUACAGCGGGAACACUUCAAGGCUUUCUAUACGCAUGAACUUCUGCUCUACCCAUGAUGGUUCUUCCACCAUGAGCCACUUGGACUCCUCUCUGAAUUGGAAACCGUCCAAUAUCCACAUAGGGGCUCGAGAGCCAUUGUUUCCACCGGGCGGUGUUGGCAGAACCUUCAAGAGUUUUCCGCGCAGAGGGUUUGUGGGGGCAUUGCUCUUGCAGGCGGAGAAUGUGCCUGAAACUAUCCGCCCAGUGAAGAUUGGGUGGUGGGUAUUGGAAGUAAUGAGAAUUCAAAAUCAGAAGGGCCUGAGCAGUUCUAGAAUGUGGGUUGAGCUAAGUGGUAGAUACAAAGUGCCAUCUCCUUGA